AUGGAUCUUCGAGGUGUCUUUGUUUUGCUUCUCUGUUCGUUAUUGGCAGUUGUCAUAGGACAGGAGGAUUCGGAAACAUCCUUCUACGCGGGACGCCUACUACCGUCAUCAUUUGGCAUGGGAUGGAAAGGGUAUAUGAUGCCAAUAUACACUGGAGAGAAGAGAUCAAUGACGGAGAAAAUGAAGAGUUUGAAGGGCAGAUAUAACGGACAAAUUCGUGAUAUUCUAUUCGGGAAGUGA